CGUCACCGUCACCGGAGACCCCCGAUCCUUUCACAGUAGAGUUCCGUGACUUUGAAAGAUAUUUGCAUUAUUGUAUUUUUGCAUUUCCAGGCAAAAGCAUAUCUAUAGGGUACAGCCGUUUUGGUCAUCUUAAUAGUUUAAACACAGGAUUGACAAGCAGCGACAUGAUGGUCUAUUCUUCCGGGGUAUCGAACAAUCCCAAACUCCAGAUCUCUUCCAGAGAUUUACUGGAGAGUGUGAAUAUGACAAGAGAGGAAAUUGAAAGGAGGGAGGAAGGAAUCGAGAAGAAAAGAAAGAGGGGCAAGACAGAUCGAAAGGAAAAAGUGAAAAGAGUGCAAAGAAAGGAAAAUUACAAGAAUGGAAAAAAGUCCCAGGGCUUGAGCCUUACCGUCGUUACCGACCAAUGCGCAAAUGAAACCAGUAUCCUCCGGACUGAAGGCAAAGAGAACGGAUAGAGGGGAUGAAGGCGAGAUUGGACGAGCUAGAUCAAUGUACCCGCCAUUGAACCAAAGCUGCAUGGGUAGCCCGAGCUGUUCUGCUCGUCAUAGUGUCGCCAGGAACGUCUGUUAGUAUCAUCAUGGGCGAAG